AUGACGACGAAUACAGCAAGGGUUCCCGAUGAAAGGGCCGACCAACCGCUCCCUGCCGCACCUGCUACUGAACCUCGUGCUAUAACGCCUGAUUCCAGCGAGUACGAGAAGGAUUACAACCCCGACAGCUCCAUAUCGCUUACUUCGAGUGUUACCGACUAUCCCAUGGAGAAUGCCGAAAUAUUUCCAGAUGCUGAGAUCAUUGGCACCGAUUUAUCCCCCGUACAACCUGGCCAGGUACCACCAAACGUUCAAUUCUACGUCGACGACGCCACAGAAUCGGACUGGCUCUGGCCUAAAGACCACUUCGAUUAUAUCCGCUCCUCCAUGCUCAUCGGCGCUCUAGAUUCCUACCCCUCCCUCCUCAAAACGGCAUUCGGCUACAUAAAACCAGGUGGCUACAUAGAGUGCCAUGAAUGGGACAUAGCCUGUUACUGUGACGACGGUACACUACCACCUCCUCGAGCUGAUUUUCAGGGCCCAUAUGCAUUCCAAAAUUGGCUCCAAUAUUGUCGCCUAUCCACGGGCAAUUUGGAUAGGCCCGUCUUUGUUGCACAUGAGAUUUCCACCUGGAUGAAGGAGGCCGGAUUUGUGGAUGUUCAAGAACGAAUUACAAAAGUUCCGUUGAACCCCUGGCCCAAGGAUCCACACUUGAAGCGUCUCGGUGCCUGGAGCGAAAGGAAUUGGCUUGACGGCCUUGCUGCGUUUUCAUAUGCACCCUUUGGCUCAAGAGGAUUAGGAUGGACCCAAGAGGAAAUUGAAGUUUUCUUGGUGGAUGUUAGGAAAAGCAUCCAGGACCGAAAAGUGCAUACCUACCAACAAUUUCACGUUGUGACUGGAAGAAAGCCUUCAUCUUAA